AUGCGCAUUUCGUACACAAACUUAGGUAUCAAUGCAGGCGGUCCUGCACUGUGCUUGGUCGAUGUUGUUGAUCUGCAUCUGCACGAAUCCUACUCAUCCGACCAUAAUUCCCGGGAGGAGGAGUCAUUGUUAUCGGGAUCCAGAGCAUCAAAUGCAUUACGGUCUGGUUUUCCGCGAUCUCCGUCACCGGAAGUACGAGUGACAAGCUCAGAAGAGGGUAACUGGACCCAGCUAGUUUUGGAACCAGCUCGUCCCGUCUGUGAUUCGGACGCAAACCCUCUUGUCAACUGGCCAUUCCAAUUCAGUACUCGCAUGGAAUCCACCUAUCCGUAUACGGCUUACUACGUUAUUCAUGACGCCGGAUUGCAUUUGGUUCGGCUACCUUGGUUACAACACGUCGCACACUGGUGUCAUAAACUGUCUGAAGACCCAAUAAUAUCUACGUCCACACCGAUGUCUGAUGACAGUUCCUUCGUUGGAAUAGUGAAGGAAUGGCAGUCAUCUGUGCGACAUCUCAUCUGUGCCAAACUUCCAGUGGUCUCUGAUCAUGCUGAUGAUGGCGCGACGCUCACGGACGGUCAGUUCCGCGUAUGCGGCCUGAUGGAAUUCCCUCAGGAUUUGAUCACACUACCUGAUAAGACUCAUCGACAUAAGUCACCGGGCUCCAACCCGCAUAGAAUCGAUGAAACUGAUUCAACUAUCCAUGCUCCAAAGUCGGAGUUUAAGUUGCAUCUCCAACGAAUGCUUAAAUCCGAUGGAUCUGGUCUUCCCGUGAUCACCGGUCUUUCUACGCAGAACAAUCUGACACAGAUUCAGCUCGUUCAGUUUUUUCUGAAGGCAACCGAGCUAUUGCGUUCUGGUCCGUUGGAUCGACUAACACGGGCUCGCACAUUUGUUGAACAGUACACAAAUCGACUGGCCGAUCACUUGUCUCUGCAGUAUCAGGAGGCAAUCAAAUUGGCCGAAACCAAACGAGUGUUACAAGAGAACGCGGAGCGUAUGACCAAAAAGCACGCAUGCUUGUUGGAACGUCAACAACAAAUUGACAAGCGUCUCUCUGGCCUGACGUGUCGUAUUGCAGGUAAAGUGUGUUUGUUGCCCGGCCACACUCAAUCCGUGUUGGUUGGAAAACGUAGCAGGGAUCCUCAUACACCCAUCUCACGUUUUGAUAAUGAUUAUGAGUAUAGGUUUGCCACCACAACCCGUUACAUGCCCAAUCCGAUCCGUUGA